AUGUCAUUCUCGGUAGUGUCAGUUAAAUCUCCUGCCCUCCCAUUAUUGCGCUCUCUUACCCUAAAUUCUCACCUUCGUGCUUACCCAACUGCCUUCUGCACUCACCGCGCAUCUAUUUCUAGUCAACGCGUCUCCAACUUCUCUUUAUCUCAGUGUCGUAGGACGUUGGUCCAUGAUCCUCGCAAGUGGAUGCAUUCAAUCAGCGACGACGAUGACGAUGAAGAUGAGGAUCGGAGUCUGGAUCUAUUUGUGAGGUUCGUUCAGAAUGUUUUCAAGAAGGUGUCAAAGAGAGCGAGGAAAGCGGUUCGAUCCAUUCUCCCUUUCCCCAUCUCCACCCAUUUGAUCGGAUUUUCUGUGAAUGGGACACUGUUGCUGACGUUCCUGUGGAUUUCGAAGGCAUUUCUUCAGGUGCUAUGCACGCUUGGAAGUGUAGUGUUUGUAAGCAUCUUAUUAAUCCGUGUGGUAUGGUCUGGUGUUAGUUUUUUGCAUGAGAGCCGACACCAAAAAGUGGAUCAACUAGAUAUGCACAAGACCUGGAAUGGUGCACAGCCUGUGACUUGA